GGGGAAGUCCAGCAUAUUUUGCAGACUUGGCCUACAGCUUCUUUGCAGCAUAAGCGUAGAAUAUAUACACCCGGGAAGGCAAUUAGAGAGAGAUGGACUUCCAGCGCCGAGCUCACCCUUACCCCAUCCCGGAGGAUGAAGAGGUUGUACACAAGGUCACUCCUGAUGCUCACAACUCUGCAGGAAACGAAGGCGAGAAACCGGUGUCAAAAUUGCAACGUAGACACAGUGACAUAAAACUCUACAAAGAGUUUUGUGACUUUUAUGCAAGAUUCAACAUGGCAAACGCGCUUGCAAAUGCCAUCUGUGAGCGCUGCAGAGGUGGCUUUGCCCCUGCUGAGAAAAUCGUCAACAGCAAUGGUGAGCUGUACCACGAGCAGUGCUUCGUCUGCGCCCAGUGCUUUCAGCAGUUCCCCGAAGGGCUCUUCUACGAGUUUGAAGGGAGGAAGUACUGCGAACAUGAUUUCCAAAUGCUUUUUGCCCCUUGCUGCCAUCAAUGUGGUGAGUUCAUUAUUGGUCGUGUUAUUAAAGCUAUGAACAAUAGCUGGCAUCCAGAGUGCUUCUGCUGUGAUAUCUGCCAACAAGUGUUGGCUGAUAUUGGAUUUGUCAAGAAUGCUGGCAGACAUCUCUGCCGUCCUUGCCAUAACAGGGAAAAAGCCAGAGGCCUGGGAAAGUACAUUUGCCAGAAGUGUCAUGCCAUUAUUGAUGAACAGCCUCUCAUAUUCAAAAAUGAUCCUUAUCACCCUGAUCAUUUCAACUGUGCAAACUGCGGGAAGGAACUUACUGCUGAUGCUCGUGAGUUGAAGGGAGAAUUAUACUGCUUGCCUUGCCAUGACAAAAUGGGUGUCCCCAUCUGUGGGGCAUGUAGAAGACCAAUUGAAGGCCGUGUGGUGAACGCUAUGGGCAAACAAUGGCAUGUGGAGCAUUUUGUUUGUGCAAAAUGUGAAAAGCCAUUUCUGGGUCAUCGUCAUUACGAGAGAAAAGGCUUGGCGUAUUGUGAGACCCACUACAAUCAGCUAUUUGGUGAUGUUUGUUUCCAUUGCAACCGUGUGAUUGAAGGAGAUGUUGUGUCCGCUCUGAACAAGGCAUGGUGUGUGAACUGUUUCGCUUGUUCAACUUGCAACACUAAGUUAACACUCAAGAAUAAAUUUGUUGAGUUUGACAUGAAGCCUGUCUGCAAAAAGUGUUACGAGAAGUUUCCUCUAGAGCUGAAGAAAAGACUGAAGAAACUAGCUGAAACUUUGGGAAGGAAGUAAAGACUUCAUCUGCUCUCCCCUUCCUUUGUAAAAAUCUUACAUGUAUUACUUGGGGGGAGGGGGCGCUUUGAGGCUGCAAUCAGACAGCAAAUGGUGAUGUAUGUCUUCUAUCAAAUUGAAAUAUCUUAAGAUUCUCUGUUCUCUGU